UACCGUCACUCUUUUCACCUGGCCUCCCUUCGGUCAAAAAACAUUCAUUAUCUACCUGCAUCCGCUGCAGCCCAAUUCUUGGCACCACCUUCACUCGUUAUCCAGACUCUCUCCCACAUUCCUUAGUCGCAGCAGCAAAACAACUCGAGUCGUCCGUGGCUUGCGUAAUUCCCAUCCUCCUUCACCUGACAAUUGACCGGCCUUGCAGUCAGUCUUGUCAAGCUUGAUCAACCCUACAACUUCCAAUCGAUAAAAACAUCUUUCGCCAAUAUGGUGAACAACAAGGCUUCCGCGCUGUCUCUGGCAGUCAGCGCCCUCACCCUCGCUGGCAGUGCCGAUGCUUUCUGGCGUCUUCCUUGCCGUGGCCGUACUGGUGUCGGCCGUCUUGACCCCAUCAUGGACCCCGGCGAGGUCUCUGACCACGUUCACGUUAUCCACGGUGGUAACAAGUUCGGUAUCGACAACACUCCUCAAGAUCUUGCCAGCUCUGACUGCACCUCAUGUGCCGUUACUCAGGACAAGUCUGCCUACUGGACUCCUCCGAUCUACUUCCUCCACUCCAACGGCACUGCCGAGAUGGUUGAGCAGGUCGGCGGCAUGCUCGCAUACUACCUUCUCUACACUGACUCUGCCAACCCCAACGGCAAGAUCACUGCCUUCCCUGAGGGCUUCCAGAUGAUCUCUGGCGACAAGCGUCAACGCAGCUUCCCGUAUCCCAUUCCUGACAACGACAAGUCGAGCUGGACUGCCGACCAGAAGACCCAGAGCGCUCUCUCCCAGAAGGCUCUUGGUUUCAACUGCUUGAACUACGCCGCCACCCCCGAGGCGUCUCUUUACCGUCACUUCUUGCCCGACAAGGACUACCUCGAUGCCAACUGCCUUGACGGUAUCCGUCUCGAGCUCAUGUUCCCUUCGUGCUGGAACGGUAAGGAUGUCGACUCUGACGACCACAAGUCGCACGUCGCCUUCCCCGACCUUGUCAUGAGCGGUGCCUGCCCCGAGGGCUUCGGCACCAAGCUCCCCUCGCUCUUCUUUGAGACCAUCUUCAACACCUACGCCUUCAAGGGCAUGGACGGUCAAUUCGUUCUCUCCAACGGUGAUCCCACCGGUUACGGAUACCACGGUGACUUCCAGAUGGGUUGGGACAGCGUCGACUUCCUCCAGUCUGCCGUUGACACCUGCACCAACGCCUCUGGUGAGAUCGAGGACUGCGCGCUCUUCAACAUCCAAUCCGAGGCCGACCAGGGUCAGUGCACCUUCGCCGAAGUUGAUGCCAUCAAGGACGACAACCCUCUUGGUCCUCGUGAGGACGGUCUCCCCAUUGCUGUUCCUAUCCAGUCUGGUCCUUCUUACGCCACCAACUAUCCCGUCGUCCUUGCCGGUGACGAGACUCAGGCUGCUGCCACUUCCACCAAGGCUUCGUCGAAGGCAACCACCUCGGCUGCUUCCGCCUCGGCUGUUGUCCCCACUUUGAGCUACACUCCUGGCACUUCUUCCGUCACUGACAAGUACGGUGGUGGUAUCCUCCUCGCCGAGACCGCCUCUUCAUACGUCCAGAGCCCCACCGCUGUCGUCUCCGUCUCUGCCUCCACCGUCACUGCCGCUGCCUCGCUCGCCGAUGCUGAGACUGACGCUGCCGGCAACAUCAUCGCCACCUCUUGGUACACCUCUGGCAACCAGGUCAUGGAGAUGAUGAUCGAGGAGGUCGACGUCACCGUCACCGCCACUGCCGUCGAGACCGCCAACGCACACGCCCGCCGCCACGUUGGCAAGGAGCACCGCCGUGUUCGCGGUCACCCUCGUCGCUAAGCAUCUCUUUUGUUGUAUUAUCAAUGAUUGGGUACUAGCAGGCCUGUUGUUUUGGACGUAGCAAAAACUCUUUU